GUAGCAAGGUUAUAGAAUGUCUUUGGACUUAAUUUCUACCAGGUAAUAAAGCUAAUCUCAAGGAGUUAUUAUUGACAUCCUAAUAACCCUCAUGUUCAAAAUCUAAAUACAAACCACUAUGUCGUUAGCUCGCCACAUCGAUCCAGAAGAGCUCGUAGAGCGUCUGCAUGAUGCUCACCUUACAGAAAAUGGCCGGCAUCUUCGACAGAAGAUGACCACCUCCCAUCUCACGCCCUACGGGACUAAGUACGCGAGUGAGACGGACGUACCCAAGUAUCAGAUUCCAAAAGAGGGUGCGCCCGCAGAUACAGCAUACCAGUUGAUACGCGACGAGCUAGACCUCGAUGGGAAGCCGAAUCUGAAUUUAGCCAGCUUCGUUGGGACCUAUAUGGAGCCGAACGCGAACCAACUGAUGGAAGAAAACUUAUCAAAGAACCUAGCAGACAAUGACGAGUACCCGGCUAUGAUGUCCCUACACGAACGUUGCGUCAGCAUCCUCGCCCAUCUCUGGGGGGCUAAGAAGGAUGAGAAAGCGGUCGGAUCCGCCACCACCGGCUCGUCGGAGGCCAUCCAUCUAGGUGGUCUGGCUAUGAAACGCCGAUGGCAGGAGCAGCGCAAGGCAAAGGACCUGGAUGCUUCGAAGCCUAAUAUCCUCAUGGGCGCUAACGCGCAGGUUGCCCUUGAGAAAUUCGCGCGCUACUUCGAUGUCGAAGCGCGUAUUCUCCCCGUAUCUAAGGAGAGCAAGUACCGUCUAGACCCGGAGCUUGUCCGAGAAAAUGUGGAUGAGAACACCAUCGGGGUGUUUGUCAUUAUGGGUAGCACAUAUACCGGCCAUUAUGAGCCGGUAGAGGAAAUCUCGAAAAUACUCGAUGAGUAUCAGGAGAAGACAGGUGUUGAUAUCCCGAUUCAUGUCGAUGCUGCCUCGGGCGGGUUCGUCGCACCGUUUGCUCAUGCACAGGCAGGUGGGCCUAAGUGGAACUUCGAGCUCCCGCGUGUUAAAUCUAUCAACGUCUCGGGUCACAAGUACGGUCUCGUCUACGCCGGCGUGGGUUGGAUUGUCUGGCGAGACGAGACGUUUCUGCCACAGCACCUAAUCUUCGAAUUGCAUUACCUAGGAGGUACUGAGAAGUCCUUCACACUCAAUUUCUCGCGACCGGGAGCUCAAGUGGUCGCACAAUACUACAACUUAAUCCAUCUCGGCUUCGAUGGUUACCGUGAAAUUAUGGAGAACUGCCUCCGGAACGCACGCCUCCUAUCCAAGAGCCUCGAAGCCACGGGAUGGUACACAUGCGUCUCGGACAUCCACCGCAACCCCCCUACAGCUAAGGGUGUAGUCUCGGCUACUAAACAUGCCGUAGUAGGUGAAGGGGGGGAGACCUCGGCUGAUUACGUAGCGGGCCUGCCCGUCGUCUCGUUCCGGCUCGCGGACGAGUUCAAUAGGGAGUUUCCACAUAUUAAGCAAGAGUCGAUUUCGCUUCUCAUGCGCGCUCGGCAGUGGAUCAUACCUAACUAUGCGCUCCCGCCUAACGAGGACAAGACCGAGAUAUUGAGGGUCGUCAUCCGUGAGUCCAUGAGCUUAGACUUACUCGAUCGACUCAUCGCAGACUUGGUGUCUGUCACGCAGACUCUGAUUGACAACGAUGAGGUAGACUUGUCGAUCCUACAGAAGCAGAAACCAGCGGGGGAUAGCAGACCCCGCGGGGAUGCAAAAGGGGUCGAGGAGAAGGUGGCGAGACUGGCGGAUGGGAUUCACAGGAGUGUGUGCUAGAUUGUGUGUUACGGGUUGUGUUUGGAUUAUUAUUGAGUUAUCUGGCUGAUCUGGUAUCACUCUAGUCAGCAACCUUGGAACGUAUGACCUGGAGGGUUAAAAAAAGGGGUGACCAGGUAGUAUAAUCAGAUGUUGCGAUACACCGGAUCAAUUAGGAAAUACUAUAUAAUGCCAAGCCGGGAUGGAAGAGGC